AUGAAGGCUCUGAGUGGGCGUGGCUUCAGCAGCGUCCUGGUUGUAUUAAAGUCUUUACAGAUUUUGUCUGAAAACAGAGACGAGCUGCAGACUCUCGUCAACCAUGGACUGACCACAAAGGUGUUGCUGUGGUUUAAAACCAUCCAUGACCUUCUGACCUCUGACCCUCAUAGAAGCUCCGCCUCCCUGCACAGCCUGACUGAGGAAUUUUAUGACUACUUCCGGAUUCUGUCUCACUCUUCUCUCUCAGUGUCUCAGGUGUCUGUGGUUCUUGUCCAGUUGGUCCAGUCCAGUCUAGAACCACAGAUCCACUUCCCUGUCAGACUUGAGGCCAUUAGAACUUUGAACAGAAUCCUGGAGUCAGUGAGUUCAGACCAGAGAAAACUGAUCCAGAACCACCAGAACCAGAACCUCAUCCAGAAUCAGCUGGCUGCAGCAGUUCUCUCAGCUGGAGACUACGAGCUGCAGGUCAGCCUAUCAGAGGCUCUGUGUCGUCUGACGCCCAGGAAACAGCGCCAGCUACAGGCCACUCACUGGUUCAGCAGCUGUGACAUCAGAGACGCCUUCUGUGACAUCAGAGACGGAGACUUUGAGGUGGACUGCAGACGUUUCCUGAAUUUUGUGAACACUUUCCAUGGUAACCAGAGGAGAGUGUUUUCUUUCCCGUGUGUCCGGGUUUUUCUGGACUCUACACAGCUGUUUCGACCUAAAGACGACAAACUGGACGAGUUCUGGAUUGACUUUAACGUCGGCUCAGGAUGUGUGAGCUUCUUUGUCAACGAUCCUAACGGUUACCUGUGGGACUCUGUUCACCUGCUCAGAGAGGAUGUGAGUUGCUACAGUUUCCAGGUCAAACACGAUGGUCAGUCUCUCUCUGUUACCAUGGAAACGUGUCACUCAGUUACUGUGUGGUUCAGAAUUGUGUGUGUGUGUGUGUUCCCAGAAUGCACUGGGACUGAGACUGUCCUCAGUGUCCAUCUGAACAAUCCCAUCAUGCACCACAGCAGCAGAGGUCAGAGGGUGGAGCUGAUUUUCAGCUGUGAUUAUCAGAGAGACCUGCAGGAGGCAGCAGAGAGGGUCUUUAUGAGUGGGAGGAGCUCCCCUUCUAAUAAAGCAUCAGGAAGUACAGUCCAGGCUCCACCCCCUGUACGCUCCUACAGCAGAAAGAAACCACAGAAGAAGAGCCAUCUGAAGAUUCUUCCUCUGUCAUCUCCCAGCAGCGAGGACGACUCCUCUGUGUCAAAGACUCCAAGUAAAAGCAGAGCAGAGAUUCUGUUUGAUCAGAUCAGACACUCAACGCCCAACUACAGCACAGGUGUUCCUGUGGGGGCGGAGCCAGUGGUGUCACACGAAUACACAGUGGAGGUUGGAGAAGGACCUUCAGCUGUACAGCAGGAAGUAGUCAGCAGUGACAGGAAGAGAGCCGCUGCUGACUCAGGUUACCUGUCGGAUCACACUGAGGGCAGCCCAGCCCACAAGAAGAAGGUGGAGCCACAGGCAGAGAGGGAGGGGUCUGUGCACUUCCUGAACGUUGAUACUGGAUCUGUUGCUCAUCUGGACUCAGUGUGGUCACCUGAGGGGGUGGGGCCACUAACAGAUGUGGAGGAGCCAUUUGGGGAAGGAGUUGGGGGGGAGGGGUCAGAGAACACACUGGGGGUGAGGCCAGAGUCGGACCUGACAUCAGGUUUCACCAAUGUGUUUAAAAACCUCAAAGCAGAACUGGAGCAGCACAUGACGAGCUGCUGGAAGAAAGUGGAACAAAACAUUCAUCUGUCCCUUAACGAGUGUCAACAACAGGUGACGUCAUUGCUCACAGCUGUCCAUCAACACAGGUUGUCGCUGCUGCAGAACUUUGAAAACAUCGUCACUGAUGAACUGAAACAUCUGGAGGAAAAUUCAACACAACUGAACAACCUGAACACACAGAUACAGACUCAGAUCCAGCGUCUCGGGUCCUUCUGUAAUGAUCAGCUGAUCAGGCUGAAACGUCUGGAGAGCAGAGACUCUGAAGACCAGGACCUGAGAACAUAGACCAGUCCACAAAGUGAUUGAGUAAUGAUGUCCAACAAUAAAGACAUGAAAAGCA